AUGUCGCUCUCCGAGACCAACAAAGAAAAGCCGUGGCAAAAGCGUCGUGAUGAAGGGGCGAAACCGCCCAUUGCCAUCCCUUUGAUCUCUCCGCUGCAAUUUGCAUUCCCUCUUUCAAACGAAGCGGUCAACCGUAGUGACAACCAAGACAGUAGUCGCCAGAAAUUAGCGAUUGCUCAACGGGUUCCGCCUAGGGAAUCAUCGAUACAAGCUAGCUCGCUGGACACCUCAAUCGCAGACGUCGUCAGAGCAUUCGUCAAUUCUCCUUUGACGACGACAGACUGGCAUCAAAUCGUUUCUGCUGUGCAACGAGGUCUAAAGUUGCCUAUUACAACCUCCUUACCCUGUAAAUGCCAACGUGGCGCCGAGCUCACAGGGCCAACACUAUCUGACGUUACUACAACCAAGUAUCCGGGCAGCUUGAAAGAAGAUAAUCGUCGACUGCGGCGUCAAAGACGUCGUGAUUUGAUCUUGCAUUUCCUUAUGGACAAUUUGGGAGUCUACACCUUGCCCGAGUUUGACCGUGAAUCAUCAGCUCAAGCCAGGUUACAAGGCGCUGUAUCAGCUCCAUGUGAGCAACACCACCCCACAUUUGCACCGCUUUCGAUAAUCACCGUUGACCGUUUCCAUGCAAACGCCACGCGGCCACCCGCAAAAGCAAGUUCCCUUGAAACAAGUCCACCUCGCUUCAGUUCUGACACUCGACGACACACUGGUUGGCGCCGAGCUUCGGGUGAGGGGAUGACCGACUACAAAGCAGAGUCUCAAACAAUGCAAGCGACCAUCCCACAGGGCCAAGGAGAUACGACUUGCUGUCCAAAUCUUCUAGAGGGUGCAGUCGUUCCAUCUGCAGUGCAUUCUAACAGUGCUCAAGAAUUGGAGACGCCUCAAAAGCAAUUGCGACAGGAAAACGAAGACCAUUCGCAGGCUUUCGCUGUCUUGCCUCUACGAAUGUCAACUCGACGGACUAAAAUGACGACGAGAUGGUCUCCAUCUGUAGCUCGUGACCAACACCAGAGCUCUCAUCGGGCGUCAAAAGUACCAGGAAGUCAACGAUCGCAGGACUCCUCUGCAAGUCUCAAAUUGGCAGUAACACUGCCCACUCGUCCUAUCUCAAAUGCCACGCAAAAUAUCAACUUUGACAUGUUGCAGCCACAUUUCGAGCGGCCAUUACAGCAAGCAGCUGAUAGCUUCUGUGUGUGUACGACUUUGCUGAAAAAGAUAUGUCGACGGAACGGUAUCAACAAUUGGCCGUAUCGAAAGAUCUGCGGACUUCGCAAGAGCGUUGCCUCCAUGACGAAGCAGGUGAAAUACUUUGAAGGAGAGCAAAGACGUGCUUACGCGAAUCAACUAAAAACGCUCGAGCACGAGCUACAGGCAUAUUUACGCACAGGAAACAAGCCCUUGAAAGAGCCCUUGUGCAACUUAGAAGCAGAGACUGAGGCAAAGCAGUUCAAGGAGGACAUAUCGGAAACAAGCAGCAAAAUCGAGAGAAAAGAAGUACAGGUGGUCCCCGCGUGGUCAAAUGCACUAAGUCUUAACCUGCCUUACUACAGCAACAACCAGAUUGUUCACGAGUUGUCUAGCAGGCCCACAACAGCUGGAGACAGCGGUGCCACGUGGGGUGGUGCGCACUUUCGUCUGCUUGAGUUGCAGCAACGAACAACAGCUUUCCCCACUCCUACACAUUACCGAGCACUUCCGUCGAUUGUGUCCAUUCUACAGCACCAAAACUAUUCCAGCUCGAGCCGUGCAGCAUCAACGCCGAGUACAACUGCACCUGGUGCUUGGCACAUCGAAAGGUAUCAAUAUCAAGAACCAUAG